CCGCGGGUUGCCCGGGAGACGGGGCUGGAGUCGCCGGCGCCGCGGCGGACGCGCUGUGGGCUCUGCGGGCGGGCAGAACUGCUCAAAAGCUUCAGUUUAAGACUGUAAUCAUCUUUAGCAAAUAGUUGCAACCCAUAUGGAGACAUGCUAAUCUAAAGAACUUGCAAAGGUAAUUGUAACAGAUUUUUUAAGCAGUUUAAUUUUCCACACGCUAUUGUGAGAAGAUUUGAAUUGCAUCUGUACCUUUGAGCUGAAGAUAUUACCAGUUAAAUGAAAGGAUAAUACAGUAUCCAUAUUCAUUUAGGCCAUGCUUCCCUGAUGAUCCUGAAACUAAAUGUUAAUCACAGUGUUUGUCUGUCUUGAGAGACUAAUUGUUUUGACAGGUUGGUAUAGACACUAGAAAAGUCAGUUCAUAUAGAUGAUGGUGUAGCUAUAGGCAUAACAGAGAAGCAAGUUCGUUACUGUUGAACUACUUGUAAUUCUUUGAUCAAGAUUCUUAAUGAUGCAAUGUGCCCUUAUGAGAAGACAGAUUAACCUGGAAGCAAAGACUUUCCUAAGUAUGCUAGUAUUAAUUUAUUUGAAACCAUGAUGUUGGUGUGUAGCAAGAAGAAAUUAUGGUGAUAUGUUUUGUCUAGCAAUUUGUAAAAUUUUUAUACAUAGGAGUGGUACAUCAGUCAUAUUUUUAUCCUUUAGUCAUAGAACUUGGAUAUGGUUGGGGAUUUUUUUCAGCAAUGUGAUUAGAGUUGACUGAAUUAAUCCUAUGUUUCUCGUACAGUUUAUCAGACCAUGUAAUAAUGUGCACUUCGCAUUGUUUGAGCCAAAAUCUCAAAGGGCAAGUUAUUUGAAAAAUUUCAGCAAUACAGUGAGACUUCCCCUCUCUGUGUUCUUGUGUCUGUAUCCAUUUAUCUGGAAGACUGUAUAAGCACAAAAAAAAUCCGAUAAUCUUGAAAUGCUAAAUAUAGUGAGUGUCUGGAUUUAAAUAUUUAUUGUUUUGUGUUUGUGGUUUGUAUUUUUUUGUUUGAUUUUUUUCCCUGGGAUGUCAUAAUUUCCAAGAAAGAGGUUGGAAACCAAUAGUAUUGCUGCUUUUCUUUAUUCCUCUGCUGUGUAUGUGGAAAUGUAGCUUGCUUAUACAAUACCCUUAAUGGAAACCACGUGUGCUGGAGUAGGACAGGUAAUGACACCGAGUUGCUCUGUGGAAAUGGUAAGUAAUGUUCACCACUAACAUCAGGUUAAUAGUUGGUACUUUCAGCUGUUCUUUUUCUAUUUUGCUUUGUUCAUUUCUUUAUUAAACAAUUGACUUAGCAGUUUUUUGCAUUUAUUAUAUUACCGAUUUUGGAAAUCAGCUUGUUAAUCCAGUACAGAAAGGCAGAGGUUGUCUGGAUUCUGAGUUGCUUAAGAAACUGGGUUUUUCAGAUCUUCAUAAUCUCUGUUGAGGAUCUGAUAGUUGCUGUAAUCAUACAGUCAGAAAGAUUUGUAUGAAAAUGUCUCCUAAACAGCACAGCUGAUGAAGUGUGCUGCUGCAGUACCGAAAUGUGGUGUGAGCAGUACAGCCUUUAUUCCUCUUUUUACCUUUUGUUUUCAUUGCUAUAAUGCACUGUGAAAUUUAAUAUGAAACUUGGGAGCAUACUAGCAAAGGAUACUACCUGUGGAAGGAAUAAAUGCCAUCAGAUAUGUGAAACUCUUCUGAGAGAGAAAAAAGAAACAGAUCCAUUUUGAUGAAUUAGGUAAAUUGGGCUUUUUAUAUUUCCCAGCCAGUGCUGGUGGCUGUAGCUGAGCCUUUCAGGCUCUACCAGCUGCGAACAAUGGAGUUGCAGAUCUUUUUUUCUUUCUUUUUUUCCCCCCUUUUUAAAAAAAUGUUAAACUGAUGUUUGGCAUUCGUGAUAGUUUUGGCCCCUCCUACUGUGCCAAUUGAAACCACUCCCCACAUAACCGAAACAAAUCAUUCCCCGUGACUCUGAAGAUAAUUUACAUUUCAAUACAAGCUUUUAUGCACUGAACAUUUCAUACAGACAUUUCAUUUAAAAAAAAAGAAAGAAAGUAAUUUUUAGGAGACAGAUAAGAAUGACUCAAACACCACCUUGUUUUCAGAGCUCAGAAACACAGUAAAAUCUAGAGCUUGAAGCACUAGUCUGCUUUAAUAUAAAACACGCAAAUAUAUAAUCUGUUUAUUGUUUUAGUAUUGAUUUCUGUUUUCCAUUUGAAAAUCCAAGACAUAGAGCAUUUAAAUUGCUGCUACAAGUAUUUCAGAUUUAUGAUUUUAAAGCUUGUUAAUGUAAAUUCAUAUCAGAGUUCACAUCUGUUCUUUGAGUAGGUUGUCGUAGUGUUGAGUAAAUUUUAGCAGAGAACACAUUGGACUUAUAUGUGUUCAGGUUCUGUAUUUUUUAUUUCAACUGUGCCUUCUGUCAUGGCUUGGAUGACUUAUAUUUCUCACUGGUUUGAUGAAGACGAUUGGUAUGAAGGACAACGACGAGCAAAAAUGUCACAGGUUAAACAAGUGGGACUUUUAGCUGCUGGAUGUCAACCAUGGAACAAGGAUAUAUGUGCUGCUAGCGGGGACAGAUUUGCCUACUGUGCUACCCUUGCUAUUUAUAUUUAUCAGCUGGAUCACCGAUACAAUGAGUUCAAGCUCCAUGCAAUUAUGUCUGAGCAUAAGAAGACAAUCACAGCCAUAUCUUGGUGUCCCCACAACCCUGACGUGUUUGCAAGUGCCAGUGCAGAUAGUUUAGUGAUUAUUUGGAAUGUGAAUGAACAGAAAGUUGUGGCCAAGCUGGACAAUACAAAAGGAAUUCCUUCAUCACUUAGCUGGUGUUGGAAUGCAGGUGAUGCAGUUGCAUUUGUGUCCCACAGAGGGCCGUUGUACAUUUGGACUAUCUCAGGACCUGACAGCGGGGUAACUGUACAUAGAGAAGCACAUAGUUUCUUGUCAGAUAUCAGUCUGUUUAGAUGGCAUCCAAAGAAAAAAGGAAAAGUGGUGUUUGGACAUACUGAUGGAAGCCUAUCUAUUUUUCAGCCAGGUUCUAAAAAUCAGAAACAUGUCUUAAGACCAGAGUCUCUUGAAGGAACAGAUGAAGAGGAUCCAGUUACAGCACUGGAGUGGGACCCUUUGUCAACUGACUACCUUCUUGUUGCUAAUUUACAUAAUGGUAUUCGACUAGUUGAUUCUGAAUCUCUGUCCUGUAUCACAACUUUUAGUUUUCCCAGUGCAGCAGCAUCUGUUCAGUGUUUAGCCUGGGUUUCCAGUGCACCUGGAAUGUUUAUAACUGGAGAUUCUCAGGUUGGUGUGUUACGUGUUUGGAAUGUUUCACGUACAACACCUAUAGAUAAUUUUAAAUUGAAGCAAACGGGUUUCCAUGGUUUGCAUGUGCUAAGUUCUCCUCCAAAGAAAAAGUCACGUUCAUCACAGUAUCCUAAUAAAAAUCAUCAUACAUCUUCAACAAGUGAGGCUGUUCCUCCUCCAACUUUAACCCAAAACCAAGCAUUUUCUCUUCCUCCUGGUCACACCGUCUGUUGUUUUAUGGAUGGUGGAGUGGGGCUUUACGACAUGGGAGCCAAAAAGUGGGAUUUCCUUAGAGAUUUGGGACAUGUUGAGACCAUCUUUGAUUGCAAAUUCAAACCUGAUAACCCUGAUCUUCUUGCUACAGCUUCAUUUGAUGGCACAAUAAAAGUUUGGGACAUUAAUACUUUAUCAGCGGUUUAUACAUCUCCUGGUAAUGAGGGGGUUAUUUAUUCCAUUUCUUGGGCUCCAGGAGAUCUGAACUGCAUAGCAGGGGCAACAUCCAGAAAUGGUGCCUUCAUCUGGGAUGUUCGAAAAGGCAAAAUGAUAACCAGAUUCAGUGAGCAUGGAAAGAAUGGAAUCUUCUGCAUUGCCUGGAGUCAUAAAGAUUCCAAAAGAAUAGCAACCUGCAGCAGUGAUGGAUUUUGUAUUAUUCGAACCAUUGAUGGCAAUGUUCUUCACAAGUAUAAACAUCCAGCUGCAGUGUUCGGCUGUGAUUGGAGUCAAAACAACAAAGAUAUGAUAGCUACUGGUUGUGAGGAUAAAAAUGUUCGUGUUUACUACUUGGCAACCAGCUCUGAUCAGCCACUGAAAGUUUUUACAGGGCAUACUGCAAAGGUAUUUCAUGUACGGUGGUCUCCUCUGAGAGAAGGAAUCCUCUGCAGUGGCUCUGAUGAUGGUACUGUUCGAAUAUGGGAUUAUACACAGGACACUUGUAUAAAUGUUCUUAGUGGACAUACAGCUCCAGUACGGGGGCUGAUGUGGAAUCCUGAAAUUCCUUACCUUCUAAUAUCUGGCAGUUGGGAUUAUACAAUUCGAGUCUGGGACACAAGAGAUGGAACAUGUUUGGACACAGUUUAUGAUCAUGGUGCAGACGUAUAUGGAUUAACAUGUCAUCCUAGUCGUCCAUUUACUAUGGCAUCCUGCUCUCGUGAUUCCACUGUGAGACUCUGGUCAUUGACACCUCUUAUAAACCCUCUACCAAUAAAUAUCUUAGCAGAUAGAUGUUGGGAUGAUAUUAUUGGCAAUACAGAUCGUGCUGUGGAAUCUGGUGCUCCUCCUUUGCUGUGUGGUAAAGUUUCCAGGGAUAUUAAACAGGAAUUGGAAAAAUUGUCGGGAAAUCCUCGAGGAAAAAAAUUAAGGUGGUUUUCAGAAUGUUUUUCACCUCCUGGAGGCAGCAAAAAUUUAUGGGAUUUGGUUGCUGUAAUAAAAGGACAGGAUGACAGUUUGCUUCCACAAAACUACUGCAAAGGAAUUAUGCAUAUGAAACAUCUCAUUAGAUUUAAAAUGUCCAGGGCACAAGAGCUGACAACAGUAAAGAUGUCUAAGUUUGGAGGCGGUAUUGGUGCACCAAGCAAAGAGGAAAGGCUCAAAGAAGCUGCAGAAAUACAUUUAAGAUUAGGACAAAUUCAGCGAUAUUGUGAACUAAUGGUAGAACUUGGAGAGUGGGACAAAGCUCUCUCAGUUGCACCUGGUGUAUCAAUGAAAUAUUGGAGGAAGUUAAUGCAAAGGAGAGCUGAUCAGUUAAUUCAGGAAGAAAAUGAUGAUGUCAUCCCAUACUGUAUAGCUACUGGAGAUGUGAAGAAACUAGUUUCUUUCUUUACUUUGAGAGGUCAGCUUAAAGAGGCGCUUCUUGUUGCACAGGCAGCUUGUGAAGGAAAUAUACAGAUGUUACCACUCUCCACAGCAAGUGGAUCUUCAAAUUCUGGUGGAAACAAUACAGAUGAUUAUAAUGAGCUCCUGCACAAGGUCAGUAAAGAACUGGCAGAUUGGUAUUUUCAGGAUGGCCAUGCAGUGCUUGCAGCAUGUUGUCAUCUGGCUGUUGAAAAUAUAGAGCUUGCAAUGGCAAACCUGAUUCGUGGAAAUGAACUGGAGCUGGCAGUCAGUGUGGGUACUGUCUUGGGAGAAAGUGCAGCACAAGCAACACAUUAUGCCCUAGAAUUACUAGCAAGAAAGUGUAUGGCAGUAGCAACAAGCUUUCCAUCACUUGGAUACAGGGAUUUAGCAGCUGAUCUCCUUAUGAUGAUUCCUGAUAACAAACUGCAUUUAGUAAAACUAUGUGCUUUUUAUCCUGGAUGCAUAGCAGAAAUAAAUGACCUGCAUGAAAAGUGCAAUCUUCCUGAUGUAGAAGAAUGUAUGCGGUUGGCAGAGACAAUUCAGGCAGAUGGAGAUAUAUUUGAAAUGAUAAAGUACUAUCUGUUAAGCACAGAACCUGACAGGGCUCUUCCUGUUGGCAUUCAGUAUGUGAAAGAACAACUUUGUGGCUCAGAUUGGACUUUGGAUUCAGUCUUUCCAUAUCUUGAUCUUCUAAGUUACAUACGCACUGAACAAUUAAUGUUGCAUAAAUGUAGUGAGUUUCGGAAUGAGUUGCUGAUUUUGUGUGGUUACAUUGGUGCUUUACUUGCUAUCAGAAGACAGUACAAUAGCAUUGUACCUGCACUGUAUGAGUAUACAAGUCAGCUUUUAAAAAGACGGGAAGUAUCCGUACCUUUGAAAAUUGAACAGCUUUCUGAGGAAUUAGAUGCAUGGAGAGCUUGCACACAAUUAAACAAGUCUAGCGAUGAACUGCCAUGCACCCCACCAUCUGAAUCACAGAGAGCGGUGUAUUCAGUGCUCGUAUCACGAAUUCAGGAGGAGCCUCUGAAAGGAAUGGUUGGGCCAGACUGUGUCACUGGAUCAAAUCUUCCUAGUCAUUCAGAUGUUCAUAUCUCUUGUUUGACAGGGCUAAAGAUACAGGGUCCAGUGUUCUUCCUUGAAGAUGGAAAAUCUGCUAUUUCACUGAAUGAUGCUUUGAUGUGGGCCAAAGUCAAUCCUUUUUCACCACUAGGAACAGGAAUACGACUUAACCCAUUUUGAUGAGGUGGUGUUUCCUCUGUACUUUGUAGUGCUUAAAAUAACACUCUAGGGGUUAAUACUGAUUUAACCUUGAUCAAAGGACAGAAAGUGGUAGUUGAUUCCUCCUGAAGGGCAAGUACUUGAACUUUGAAAAUUGUAAGUGAGAGCAAGAAAAGAAUUUCUAUACAAAUGUUUGUUGAAAAUCCAAAGAAAAAAGUUAUUUGAUAAUCCAAAGAAAAAGUCCGAACUUCAUAUACAGCCAUGUCUUUUUUUUUUUUCAAUAAGAACAGUGUUGUCAGACAAUACAGACAUAUUUUAGUCAACUCUGUGUGAAUAGAUGCCUUGUAAAGGGAGUAAGCAACUAUCUGCACAUUAUCAAAAUAUUGAUAACAAACUGUGAAAUCCAUAAACACACUCCCAAAUACAUAAUAAUAGAAUCACUUUAUUGAUACCUACUGCAACCUGUUUUUAGAAGGACUGGAAUACUGUGGCUCUUUCACACAUUGUGUCCCCCUUUUUAAUUUUAACUAAUUUUUCACACAGGGUUCUAGAGUAAAAGUAAAAUUUAAAGAGUAGAUUAUUUUUUUCAUCCAUUUGUUAUUGUGCUUAUUAGCAGUACAAAUAGCAGUUUACUUAUGUUUUGUUUAGAGAGUUUUGAAUAUCUACAUUACAAAAUUCUGUUUUCUAAUAGGAUCAUUUUCGGCAACUGUCCCCUUUAUAUUUUCACUGGAGGCUAAAAUGAAUUUAUAAAACUGUUUUGUUUUUUUUAAACAAAGGGUUUGUAAGGAACAAACAGCAAAUUUAUUGCAAUUAUUUAACUGUGAUAUGUAUACUUAAAAUACUUGUUUUCUUUUUACAUUUUGUAUUAGUUAUAAACAUGCAUAUAGUAUGACAAACCAGAAGUAAAUACCUGUGCAUAUAUAUUUUUAUUUACUAAAUCUGUGCUCAAAUGGAAAAAAAUAGUUAUGGCAAUAGAACACUAAGAAUAUUUAAACUUUAAAGCUGUGUAUAGUAUGGAAUUUAAUAUAAGGAAAAUAUUAUACUUAUUUAUUAUUAAUAAUUCUUAUAAUCAGAAUUACCUGUAGAAAAGAUGCCUUGGUUACAAUGUUCUUUAUUAGUUUAAUUGCUGGCACUUAAGCAGAAAUCUACUUUAUCUCUUGUUACAGUUUUUGCUGCUGCUUUAAAAUAAAUUUUAAAGUUUAUUUAAAAUCCUGAUAAUUACAUGAAAUGUAAAGAAGUUGCAAUUAAAAAUUGGCAGAAUUAUUUUAAUAGAAGCUGUUGUAAAACUGGUAAUAAUAGCAGGUCUCUAUUUAUCAGACCCUGUAGACAAUCCUCAAUACAGAGGUAAGCCAUGCCCUCAUUUAACUAGAAAUAACAGUGCCACCAUGCUGGAAAGGUGGGAUGGAGACUAGAAAUAAAAAAAUACGAGGUUGUUUUUCCCCCUCUUUAAAAAGGUAAAAUUUCAUUCUGGCAAUGUUCUAGAGUAUUAUUACAGGGUUUCUGGUGUAAGAAUAAAUUGGAGGGGGGGAGGCAAGACUUAGCUGUUUUGUAGCCUAAAACCCCCCAUUUUUGUACGUACUUGGAUGCUGGAACAGAAUGUUUUACUAUCUGCAGGUAUUCUUUGGAAAAUGAUUUUCCUUUUUUUUAACUCCAUGGAGCCUGGCAAAGAAGAAUUGGGUUUCAGAAGUCAAAAUUCGUAGUUUUUGAAAUAAUUUUCCAUCAGUCAGUAUCUGAUAUCUGCUCCUGUUAAAUGAAAGACUAGUUGUCUUUUAGCAUAUAAAUUGUAUAACUUGAUAUAUAAAAGUUGUUAAUGCAGAAGUGCAGAGCAACGGUAAGAACAUGUAGCCCCAUGACUGGUGAUUGGAAUCUGAACAAUUGACUCAACUGCUAUUCUACUAUAUUUAAAAUCUUUUGCUGUAUCAUAAGGACUUUUACCAAUAUUUCACAGUUUAAAUAACUUACAACGUGUAGUAUAAGUACAUCAAUGUGUUGCAUAUAAAUUGUGCCUUAACAUGGAAUCUUGGGCAAAUCUACUCCCUCUUUAGAAUGUGAGGGUUAGGAAUUCUUUCAUUGCUAAAAUAUAAAAAUUAAGUCAGAGAGCAUUUUUUAUAUUUGGGAUGAAUCAGGAAACAGUCAUUGUGAAUAACAUGAGGUUGCAUUUUCCUUAUAGUUGUUUGUACCCCAUGUGUUGAGUGAGGGGAAUAUGCAGAAAAGGUUGUAAUUGUGUCUACUGCUACAGCUGUGGUUGCAACUGUCAAACUAUGAAUUCAUCAUUUUCAUAAUUAAUUUCAGAUUGUUUGCUACUAUGUGACUUCAUUGUCUGGCACAGCAAGUCAAAUACAGAUAUUUCUCCCUUAAUAUUAAAGAAUACUUUGUCUUCAAA